CGUUUAUGGUUGCCAACGUUCAACCAAUAAAAACUGUGAUAACAACCUUCCCGGAUUUUUAUUUUCUAUAACACAAAACUCAACUAAAAUUAGUGAAAAACCUAACUUUUCGAUAAUUCCUUACAGUUCUCAACCCAACGUUACGGAAAAUGCCUGCAUUUAAAGUUAAAGUUAAAUGGGGGAAAGAGACCUAUCCGGACAUUGAAGUUAACACAGAGGAACCUCCCAUGUUGUUUAAAGCUCAAUUAUUUGCUUUAACUGGGGUACAACCAGAGAGACAAAAAGUUAUGCUUAAGGGUGUUACAUUAAAAGAUGAGGAUUGGAGUAAUUUCAAGUUAAAGGAUGGUACUACAAUUUUACUUAUGGGUAGUAAAGAGGAAGAUGUGCCUGUAGAACCUGUUGAAAAAACGAAAUUUGUUGAAGAUAUGAAUGAAAGUGAGUUAGCAACAGCACUUGAUUUACCAGCAGGAUUAACAAAUCUUGGAAAUACAUGCUAUAUGAAUGCUACUGUUCAAUGUUUAAAGACUGUUCCUGAGUUGAGAGAAGCUCUGCAAAGCUAUCAAGGAGCUGUUAUGGCACAAGGUGGAAUUGUUCCAGCACAUUCAAUAACAGCAGCUUUACGAGAUCUUUAUUCGAGCAUGGAUAAAGGAAGCACAAUUCCUCCUAUUAUUUUAUUACAAGUACUUCAUUUAGCCUUCCCAAGAUUUGCUGAAAAAGGUGAACAUGGAAGUUUCACACAACAGGAUGCUAAUGAAUGCUGGACUGAAAUGGUGAGAAUGCUUCAACAAAAGCUACCUGCUAAAAACAGCACAAGUACUGAAGGUCAUAAAUCGUUAAUUGAUCAAUAUUUUGGAGGAAGUUUCGAUGUCGAAUGGAAAUGUUCUGAAACAGAUGAUGAACCCCCUACAAAAAGUAAAGAACAAUUCUUACAAUUGAGCUGUUUUAUAUCACAAGAUGUAAGAUAUAUGCAUUCCGGUUUACGAAAUAAACUCCAAGAACAAAUUGUAAAAAUGUCUUCAACAUUAAACCGAGACGCUGUGUAUAUAAAAACAGCAAAAAUUAAUCGAUUACCCGCUUAUCUUACCGUUCAAUUUGUUCGAUUUUAUUACAAAGAAAAAGAAUCGAUUAAUGCAAAAAUCUUGAAAGAUGUUAAAUUUCCUAUUGAUUUUGACGCCUUUGACUUAUGCUCGCCAGAAUUACAGGAAAAAUUAGCUCCAAUGAGACUCAAAUUUAAAGAACGCGAAGAUAAAUUAGUUGAGGAAGCUGCAAAAGUUGGAGAGAAACAAAAAAAUAAAGGAGAUGGAAAAGAAAAAGUUAAACCGAAAUACGCCCCAUUUCAUUUCGAUGAUGAUUUGGGUAGUAAUAACAGCGGAUAUUACACUUUACAAGCUGUUUUAACUCAUAGAGGACGUUCAUCUUCUAGUGGUCAUUAUGUCGGUUGGGUUAAACAAUCUGAUGAUGUUUGGCUUAAAUGCGACGAUGACAAAGUUUCACCUGUUACAUCUGAAGAUGUUUUAAAAUUAUCUGGAGGAGGGGAUUGGCAUUGUGCUUAUGUACUUUUAUAUGGCCCACGUUUAUUAGAAUUAGAUGAAGCACCUAUAGAAGAAAUGAUCACAGAAUAAGUUAAAACAAUAAUGUUUAUUAAGAUAUUUAGCUUUGUAUCUUCUUUUUUUAUAUAUAAUUUGGCAUUAA